AGCAGAUAGGGUUCAGGGCUUCUCACAGCCUGGGGCUCCCUCGCUGUCUUUUUCACUGUGUCCACCAUCAUAAACUGAGUCAGCAGAUAAACAUAAGACUCCAUGAGGAAGUGGCUGCCACUCCUUGGAGAUGCUGCUGCCACACUCUGGCCCGGCCAGAGUGACUGCUAAACGCUCAGUCUCCUGAUGAAGCUUAGAGCAAAUGGACAAGUUGUGAGGAGAUGAACUAGGAGAAGCAGAGGCCAGAAGAGGAGACAAACAUGGACAUCAACACCUGGAUGAACAACUACACCGGACAAUCAGGUUUCACCCUGGUGGGAUUCUUAAGUCAAUCCAAACACCCGGCCCUGCUUGCUGUUGUCAUAUUUAUGGUUUUCCUGAUGGCCUUGUCUGGGAACGCCCUCCUGAUCCUGCUGAUACUCUCUGACACACACCUCCACACACCCAUGUACUUUUUUAUCAGCCAGCUGUCCCUCAUGGACAUGAUGUGCAUUUCUGUCACUGUACCCAAGAUGCUCAUGAACCAGAUGCUGGAGAACUACAGGAUCUCAGCUGCUGCCUGUGGGAUGCAGAUGUUCCUCUACCUGACACUAGCAGGUUCAGAAUUCUUGCUUCUAGCUGCCAUGUCUUAUGACCGCUAUGUGGCCAUCUGCCAUCCACUCCGGUAUCAUGUCCUCAUGAACCACAGGGUGUGUAUCCUCCUGGUAUAUUCCUGUUGGCUCCUGGGAUCCUUAGAUGGCUUCAUAUUCACCCCUGUCACCAUGACCUUCCCAUUCUGUGGGUCACGGGAGAUCUAUCACUUCUACUGUGAGGUUCUGGCUGUGACAAAGCUCUCCUGCUCAGACACCUGGCUCUAUGAGACCUUAAUGUAUGUGUGCUGUGUGAUCAUGCUUCUCAUCCCUGUGACAGUCAUUUCAGGAUCCUACUCAUCCAUCCUCCUCACUGUUCUCAGGAUGAACUCAACAGAGGGCAGGAAGAAGGCUCUUGCAACAUGCUCCUCCCACAUGACUGUGGUCAUCAUCUUCUAUGGCACUGCUAUCUAUAACUACAUGCUCCCUGCCUCCCUCCACACUCCUGAGAAGGACAUGGUGGUGUCUGUGUUUUAUACCAUACUCACACCACUGUUGAACCCACUAAUAUAUAGUUUUAGGAAUAAGAAUGUCACUGAGGCUAUGCGGAAAUGGUUUGGUAUGAGCACCCUCUUCCAACAAAUUGUAAAGUAACCCAGAAUACAUAUUCUUUUACUUGUCACUAUACAUCUGUUGAUCUAGGUCUCAUGCUGAAGUUAUUCCAGUUCCAUCAUGCCUCAUUUCAUAUUCAUACUUUCUUGUAGAACUCUUUCUCUAUUCUUAAAUUUCUUUGUUGAUAUACUUCUUGUCCAUUCAGAAAUCUUAUUGGAGUUGUGCCACUGUUACAUUUUAUGAAGUUCAUAAUGGCUGUUUAAUAUUGUGGGACAAAAGUCUUACCAUUUGACAUUAUGUCAUAUUGUAAAUUGAAGAGUCAUGAAGUGUUCAAUUUAUAAAAGUUAGAGUGAGACAGAAGAACAGUGUUUAACAUCAUUAAAAUGGGGUGACUAGAGAUCAUUGGCAUAUUGAAAGAAUUAUGUGUACCCUCUUGAUAAUUAAUGUAAAAUUAAAAUUAUGUAAAAAUAAAGAACAAGAUACAGA